AUGCUUCGCCCACACGCUCUCCGGGCUCUGCCCAGGGGUCUGCAGCAGCCCGCCGUCCGAACCGUCACGCGGCGCACCUUCUUCUCUCGCCAGCGCAACUCGUCCCGCCCCGUCGAAAAAUACAACCUCGAGCGGCUCGACGAGGCCCGUUACAACUACAACCGCGACCGCACCUACUUCCUCGCCUGCGGCGCCCUCGCUGGCAUCAUCUCCAUCAUUUACACAAACAAUGGCAACAAUAACAACAACCACAAUAGCUCCGGCUACCAGCUCGACUCGUCGGUGCCGACCGAGACCUUCAAGACCGAGGCCGGCAGCAAGCGCAAGGUCGUCAUCCAUGACGACGAGGGUAGGGAGCUCGUGCCCACGGGGAACAAGACGGUGCCCACCUUCCCCCGGACCAUCGACCUCUCCCUCCGCCAGCCGCACCGAGACGACCCGGCCGCCGCGCCCAUCGCCGCCUCCGUGGCCGACUCGGACGGCGUCGAGUACACGCUCGUCGGCCUCGGCAUCCGCACCGUCACCUUCCUGGGCAUCCAGGUCUACAUGGUGGGCUACUACGUCGCCACCGCCGACGUCGCCCGGCUGCAGCGCUACCUCACCCAGAAGAUCGACCCCAUCGCCACGACGCUCGUGCCCUCGGAGCGCGACAGCCUCAAGGCCAAGCUGCUGGACCCCAGGGAGGGCGAGGCGACGUGGUCGGAGCUCCUGCAGGAGGUCGGCUGCCGCACCGCCUUCCGCAUCGUGCCCGUCCGCGACACCGACUUCCCCCACCUGCGCGACGGCUUCGUGCGGGCCAUCACGGCGCGGUCCGCCGCCGACAAGGCGGCCUACGGCGACGAGGCCUUUGGCGAGGCCAUGCGCGAGUUCAAGAGGCUGUUCAACCGGGGCAAGCUGCAGAAGGAGCGGGAGCUGCUGCUCUGCCGCGACGGCAGCGGCGCGCUCGAGGUCAUCCUCGACGACGGCAGGAGCUCCGGCCGGCAGACGAUCGGCAGCGUGGAGGACGAGCGCGUCUCGAGGCUGCUGUGGCUCAACUGGCUGGCUGGCAAGAGCGUCGCCUCCGAGCCCGCGCGGCACAGCAUCGUCGACGGCGUCAUGGAGUUCGUCGAGAGGCCGGUCGGCACCGUUGCGACGCAGGUCGUGUGA